UUUCCAUAACAACUAACCUUCCCGCGUAUCUGCAUAAAAAUGGUACAGAUGAAUGUAAAAUCAAAGCCAAUCUGAAUGACAGAAAAGGGCCGAUUGUGCCUCCAUUUUAGUCGUAAACAUUCUCCCAGAAUAAACCCUAUUUCGAUCUCUCGGUGCCCUGAAUUAGUGAAGAAUUACAAACAAUUUAUUCAUUUGUAUUCCGUGGUUUCUAAUCUCGGUGUUGUUUGAUAGUCCUCCAUUUUUGGUUUGUAGGCAGAGGCGAACAACAGAUAAUCGUUAAAUUUUCAGAAUUUAGUAUUAACUAUCCAUCACGUGCGAUGUCAUAAAUCUCCAGGGGCCUGACUAGUCCCAUGAACUAUGGAAUCUGAAUAUGUGAGUGGAAGCAAUGAGCUUGUUAAGAAAAACUCUGAGGUUAAGCAUGAAGAUGGAAUACAACUUUUGGAAGCAAAGACUUCAGGCUUUUCUUCUGUAUCUUCUUCUUCUUCUUUAAGCAAUGAGCAUUUGAAGAAAAACUCUGAGGUCAAGCAUGAAGAUGGAAAACAACUUUUGGAAGCAAAGGCUUCAGGCUUUUCUUCUGUAUCUUCUUCUUCUUCUGUUUCUUCACUGGAAUUAAAUACUGGUGAAAGAGUUCAUUUUGACGAUCCCUCUCUCAAAUCAGGACAAGAUGGACCUCUGUCAUUCGAAUCAGAAUUCUUGUCGUCACUGGAUGUUACAGAUCAGAUACCUAACUGGAGCAUGAUAAGUGCCUCUCCACAUGCCGAAGCUGGGUUUCUAUCAUCACCAGGAACAUCAUAUCAGUCUCCAGAAUGGAACACUGAUAAUAAAUUCCAAAUGCAAUCUCCUCCAGUCCAAACAAUGGGGCAGCCUGCAGGUUAUGACCCAAAUCGUAUUCCUUCAUCUAUUUUUUCUCCUAAACCUACAUCAGCUAUGGAAUGGAGUGUUACUUCAAAUGAAUCAUUGUUUAGUAUUGGGAGUAACAGCUACUCUAGAGAUCAAGCAAAUCUUCUGGGCAAAUCUGGAGAACUCCCCAGGAGAGAAGAGUCAAACAAUUCACCAUUGAAUCUUCAAUAUGUUCCCGAUGCCAAAUCUGAUGACUUCAACAGCUUCCCUUCUGUCCUUCCCCCAGUUCUUGGAGUACCACAACAUGAAGAAAAUAGUGUAAAAUUGGGGAAGAGUUCUAGUGUCAUAGAAGAAGAUUGCAGUAAUAGCCUGGAGAUGGCCCCAGUUACAACUGUAGAGAAUCAUGCAAAGGAAAAUAUAGCUCCUGUUAAGGAAAUUCCUCCUCCUGAUAUUUCCUCUAAUGCAGUAGACGGUAAAGGUAUUGCUGCUGAGGCUACUCGUACCUCAUCAGGUGCCCCUCUCACUUCACCAAGUCUCCCUCGCCUUUCUGAUGAGAGUGGAAACAGCUGCCAUUCUUUUGCAUUCCCAGUAUUGGUAAACAUUGGUGAAAAAACUGACUCAUGUAAGGUGAUUAAUGAGAAACCGCAGUUGGAGUCGCAACUUCCUGAGGCAAAUCCUAAAGCUUCUGAGACAAGAUGGUUUUCGUCCUCCUCCUGUUGGCCAUGCUGUUGUUAAACGAUAUUACUUACCGAUCAAAAAUCUUUGGUUGCUUGUAUCCUUGCUUAUUUGUUUGUUGACCUAAUAGCUCACCAGACGGGAUUUUUGCUUGGAAGGAUCAGUUCAUUGUUCAUAUAUCUCGGUUCUUGUACAAAAAGAGAUUGAAUGCUGAAGUGUACAGUUCUGUCUAUUUGUUUCUUAUCCCUAAAGAAUUUUUCCUUUCG